AUGGCUUUGGGUUUCUUGGCCCGUUUCGGUGCCGUCUUCUUGUUCGGCUGCGCGCUUGCCUCCGAUGUCAACGACUUGGAUGCUUCGCUGGACCUGGAUGGGGAGUGCGACGGCAGCGGCACCUGUGCUUUGAGCGCAGUGCAGAUGAGAGGCGCCCAGCAGUCGGAGUUGGACUUGGAGAAGUCCGAGGAGCUUUCUGCGGGCCUCGAGAUGGGGGUGGCGAGCAAGGUGAGGCAGUCUUCUGGUGGUUGCCCAGAUGGCUUGCUUCCAGGGGGAGCUGACAGUGAGUACUGCUUCUCCGACAUGUGCCCAGGGCCAAAGGCCGUCUUCUACUCCAUGGCGGAGUGCUCUCGGUUCUCGAAUUGCGUAAUCGGGGGUCCUGCCGCUCCCUCGGCGAGCUGGGACUGCCCUCCACGGAUGCCUUACUUGGCUGACGGCAGGUGCUUUCGCAACAAAUGCACGUGGCGUUCGCUCGAGGUUUACACCAUGGCGACAAACUGCAACUUCUACCUUUCCUGUAUCGACAGAUCCAGGGGGGCACCCCCGCUAAAGGUGCCUAUGGAGUACCCGGAAUGCAGUGCCCACCCAGCAUGUGUGGAUCUUCGCCUCAGCGGGAACUGCUGUCCCACACUUGAGGGGACAAUGCUUGGCUGCUGCUCCUAG